AUGUGCCACAGUCAUUACCGGCCACAGCGGGAUCCGUGCUCCGCAGCCAAUAAUAAUGAAGUUGUCGUCGAGCACACGGCGAUCAAAUGGACCGUCACAUUUCAACUGAAAAUGCUCAUCGGCCAGGCGACCCUCACCUGCAAAUGCCUCGCCAAAACCGACAAAAUCGUUAGUUUCAUUUUUUGAUAACCAUUCAGAUCUCGAACAUAUUAGACACUUAUUGAAAAAAGGAACUCUUAAAAAAACAAAUUGUACAUUUUAUCCUUUUUAAAUCAUUCUAUUUCUACAAAGAAAGUGUACAACACGAUCAAAAAGAACACGAACUUCUUCCAAAAAGCCGUCAGUCACACUUCAAUGGAAACUGAUAAGCUCAGUUGAUAAGAAAAGAAAAACUUUAAACCACCUGACCCGCCUCGGUUUAUUGCUCGAAAAAGUUAUGUACGUUAUCGCAAGUACGAUAGUACUUUUGAACACUCCUAAUGAGGACUCUCCGAAAAUGAUUUGAGGGAAAUUUUCCGCGAAAUGUGCAUGACUAUGUAUUUUAGAAUGUCAGCAAAUGCAUAUAUAAAUUAUUUAAACUAUUAUUGUUGUUAUCGAAGUAGUUUUUUUAAAAACCCCGGAACCUUUUUUUCUUUUCGCCAAGAAGUACGGUACAAUUUGUGUGUAGUAUUGCGUCAAUCUGCAACUCGGGGGCGUUUUACUCUCGAAAAAAAUAGUUUUUUUGUAAUUUUAUUUUUAUUUUAUAAUUUCUUGUGUUUUCACAAAGUAUACGGAGAACAAGUCUUUUCGUAGUAAGAAAGUUGGGUUCAAUUAUUUUCUCGGAAAGUCUCUAAUCAAAGAAAUAACGAUCGUUUAAAAAAAAACGGGAAAAGGGGGAAAUGUGGUUUGGUUUUUUUUGGAAUCAUUGUGUCAAUAUAUUAUACAUUUUCUCAAGACUUUAUUUAAGCUUCUGGAUGUGCGAGACCUGUCGAUCCGCUCAGUUUCCAUCAAUGGUUCCGACUGCGAUUUCCGCAUCGCUCCCAAUGUCUACACGUUCUUCGGCUCGAAAAUGACCGUCUACAUUCCCCCGGAUUUCCAGAAAGAAGGCGCUAAAUUGUAACAAAUAAUGAAAUUGAAUGAAAAAAUUUUGAAAAUUGUCAGGUCGGUGGUUAUUUCCUACGCCACCUCGCCAGAUGCCACCGCUCUCCAAUGGAUGAAAAAGGAGCAGACGGCUGAUAAAAAGGUUAGAAACUGAGAAUUUUUGUGAUCUAACCGAUUUUCAGGCUCCUUAUCUUUUCUCUCAAUGCCAAGCGAUCCACGCUCGAUCCAUUGUUCCUUGCAUGGACACUCCUUCUGUAAAAAGCACCUACGAGGCUGAGGUAGGUUAUACCGUACUUAGAAUCGCCAGAACGGCCCUUAUAUGGUCUGGGGAAAAUAGCCCCCAUAAGGGCAAAAUAGUACUCCCUUUAGAGGUGAAAUUUAGGCGAUCCCUACAGAGGUUUAGGAUCUGAUCCCUAAGCACCUACUGCUCAAGUAGUCCCUAUAGGGUCUUUUAAUUUUCUGCUCACAUGGGAGGUCAUUUUAGCGUAGGGUUCAGAAUUUUUUCUAAAUUCGCUCAAACAAUCUUUGAUGGACUGGGAAUCGAUCCCCCAUAGUCGCUACCUGCACAAACUUUUUGUUUUGGAGAUAUGAUUUUUCAAAGUUUUUAUCCUUAACCAUGUGACGCCGUUUGGAAGGAAUGUGGCCGCGCCACCAACCACUGCAUGGCAGCUGGGAGCGUUGUGCAGUGGCUAGCGUGUUAGACUGCGGAGCCUAUUAUGAAGGUUCGAAUCCUUUUGCCGCUAACUUUUUUUGCCAUUAUUUUUUUUAAGAGUUCUGAUGAGAAUAUUAAAAUUUCAUGAGUAAAACCUUUCCAAAUAAGUUCGAUAGCUAUUUUCUUUCUGAAAUCGCUUUUUUUGAUGGGAAAAAAUCAUGAAAAAUUUCUAAAGUUGUGGCAGACUCCACAUCAUCAGAGACUAUUUUUGAAAAAUCAGCGAAAAAAAUGUUUUUAAAAAAAGCGCUGAACCUUCAUCGAAGAUCUUCGCAUGUCUUGGUUGUGAUAAAUAACAGUGGCUUUUCAAUAUUUCAAUAGCCAAUUUCUGCCUCACUUCUGGAGAAACAUCUUUACAGAAUAUGAAAACUUACCUGUCAUCCGAGUUUUAUUGAAAAAAAACUUCCAAACCCCAUUUCCAUCCUAAUCCAGAUUUUUCAAAUUUUUCAAGAAUCUAAAAAAAUCUUUUUGAGCAAAAAUGUUUUUUUGGGAAAAAUUCUCUGAUGAUGUGAAGUCCGCCACAACUUCAGAAAGUUUCCAUAACUAUUGUCCAUAAAAAAAGCGAUUUUAGAAAGAAAAUAGCUAUCGAACUUAUUUGGAAAGGUUUUACUCAUGAAAUUUUAAUAUUCUCAUCAGAACUCUUAAAAAAAAUAAUGGCAAAAAAGUUAGCGGCAAAAGGAUUCGAACCUUCAUAAUAGGCUCCGCAGGCUAACACGCUAGCCACUGCACCACGCUCCUAGCUGCCAUGCAGUGGUUGGUGGCGCGGCCACAUUCCUUCCAAACGGCGUCACAUGGUUAAGGAUAAAAACUUUGAAAAAUCAUAUCUCCAAAACAAAAAGUUUGUGCAGGUAGCGACUAUGGGGGAUCGACUCCCAGUCCAUCAAAUAUUGUUUGAGCAAAUUUAUAAAAAAUUCUGAACCCUACAUUCAAAGUACCACAAUUUCUUGUUUUCGCAGCUUCUUAGAGUUCAUUACAAUAAUCGAAUAGCGUGUACCCUAUAAGGGACACUUUUUCAAGUUUCAGUUGUCCCUGGAGGGGGAGUUAAAGUGGUCCCUAGAGGGGAACCAAAGGCCUAAGGUUGCCCCUAUAGGAACCACUCUGGGGUACCUAAGUAAUAUUUUCUAAGAGUUUUUUCAACCAAGUGAAUUCUCCUGAGCUAAACAAAAAACUGUAGGUAACGGUUCCCGUCGGCAUGACCUGCUUGAUGUCGGCGAUCGGCGCCGGAUCCAAGGGCGACGAGGAGUUCACGACCUUUUUCUACAAACAACCGGUCCCCAUCCCGAGUUACCUGAUCGCAAUCGUGGUCGGUUGCUUGGAGAAACGCGACAUCAGCGAACGGUAGUUCGAAUGGAAGUUUUUAUCAGUUUAUCAUUAAUUUGCAGCUGCGCCGUUUGGGCGGAGCCUUCGGUCGUCGAAAAGGCCCACUGGGAGUUUGCCGAAACUGAAGACAUCCUCAGUUGUGCUGAAGAAAUCGCGGGGAAAUACAUUUGGGGAAGGUUUGUGACUUAGAAAAUACGUGUUUCAAAAAAAAAAAAGGUUUUGAUAUUCCUCAUUGUAGCUUAAGAAGCUUGGAGUAUUUUUUUACAUGUUUCGAAAACAAAUGUUAUCAACCAGAGACAAGAAUUUUCAACUCAUAAAAUUUACUCAAAACCUUUGGAUCAUAUCACAAGUCGAGAAUAAUAAAAAAAAAGUCCGCUACUUUUGCCUCAGCAAGAAACGAAGGUUUUGAAAUAAAGUUUGGUCAAAUUUCAUCAAAUUCAGUGUAAGAAGAAAAAGUUUCUUUAAAAAAAAGCAGACUUCUCAGAAAAAAAAAAAGAAUUUUUUUUUCAAAGAAGAUCUCUUAUUCAGUUCUAGAGAAAAACUUAUAUCUGUGUAACUAUUUCACUUCAGGAUUUUUCGGACUUUUUUUCAGUAUUCACAUUUAUUUCUUCCAUUUUCAGAUACGACAUGGUCUGCCUGCCACCCUCGUUCCCAUUCGGAGGCAUGGAAAAUCCCUGCCUGACCUUUUUGACCCCAACUCUUAUUGUAAUUUUUCCAAAAUAGAGGAAAUAUAUCAAAAAUCAAUUUUAGGCCGGCGAUCGUUCUUUAGUUAGUGUUGUGGCGCACGAAAUCGCCCACAGUUGGUCGGGGAAUCUCGUGACGAACAGCAGUUGGGAACAUUUCUGGUCAGAAAGAAGAAUUAAUAAAUACAACAUUUAUCUUUCAGGCUAAAUGAAGGAUUCACCAUGUUCAUUGAGCGGAAAAUCUGCGGUCGGCUGGUUUCGGAAGAUUAUCGACAAUUUAUGGCUUUCAACGGCUGGACCAACUCCUUGGUUCCCGCUGUAAGUCGAUUCAGAGGGUUCUGAUACCAAAAAACAGAAAAUUUGUUUCACGUAGACAGAAAAGCAUUCAAAUAUCCAUCACAUGUUGAAAAUAAGCAGAAACGAAAAAGUUUCCUUUUUAGGAAACGGGAUAUUUUUUUUUCACAAAACAAGAGAAUAAAUUUUCAUCGGUUGCGAAGUUUGAUAAAGACUCUGAAUAUCAUUUAUAUACUGAAAUAAAUAUAAAGCAUUCCAAAAACAGCAAAUUGAAAAAAAGAUUAUUUUCAGUCCGCCAAUCCAAAUAUUCAAGUUCUGAAGUUAAAAAAAGCCAUUUUCUUUUUGGAAACUGUCGUUUUUAAAGGAAAAAAAUUAGAAGUAGUUAGGAAAUUCUGAAAAAUUUGAAAAAAAUUUCAAUUAUAGGGAUAGUCUGAACUUCUAUUAUUUAUAAACUUUUUCACCUUUUCGUUAAAAGUUAGUGGCCACUGUAGAGGUCUAAGUGCUACUACCCGACCGCUAAAAAUUUUAGUGGUCACUUUAGGGGUCAAUGGAUCAACACAACUAGUCCAAUCUUUUUGUUUUAAACUUAUCAGAGUUACUGAAAGGAAUACUGGAUGAAAACUACUGAAGUGGCCACUAAAACCGAAAAUAGUGGCCACUAUAGAGGUGGGUUUAGUGGCCACUUUAGUGUCCUCUCCAAGCAGUCCUUGGCAAGCCCCUAUAGUGGCCACUUAAAAAUUUUCACAGAAAGGUGAAUUUUCACGUACAAGGAACUUUUUUGGCUUCUUGGAAUAUUUUCCAGAAAAAAAUGAGAAGAAAGGUAUUCCAGGUAUACGAACAGUUCACGCCGACGCAUCAGUUCACGAAACUCAUCCAAGACCACACAAAUGUCGAUCCGGACGUCGCGUUUUCCUGCGUUCCUUACGAAAAGGGAUCCGCUCUUCUGAUCUAUCUUGAACAGAAACUCGGCGGCGCUGGUAAUUCUUCUUCUCAUGCGGAUGAAGUUGACCUGUAGUUUGCCAUUUCCGAAGAGUACUGUAUGUGAAAGUCCGCACUUGGCGUGUUUGCACAUUUAGUGUGGUUCCAUCUUUUUUUUUUGUUUGAGAAGGGUAUACCCGUUGAGACGUCUGCCCAGCUUUUCUUCUUCUUUUUUGAUCGUUUCUGCACAUUUUUGUGAUAAGAAUGCCGUUCCAAGAGUUGUUUGGUGUUUCAGGAAUGAUUUCUGCAUUAUCUAAGACAUUUGCAAGAAAAUGAUAAGAAUCUUUUUUGCAGAGAUCUUCGAAGAGUACCUUCGAAACUACAUUGAGACCUUCGCCCACAAGGCGAUCGAUAGUUACCAAUGGAAGGAGCAUCUGUACAAGUACUUCCACGUGAGUACCACCUGGUAGAAAUUUCAUAAGAUUUUCAAAGUCUGCAAUCAUUUUUAUGAUUUUUCUUGUCAAUCAAAAAUACACUUUUCUUCCAAUAUUUUCGACGUUUAAAGUAAAUUUUUGAUAGUUUUCUUGAACAAUCUGAUAUUUUAGGACAAAAAGGAAAUCCUGGACACUGUAAACUUCGACGCUUGGUUCUUCGGCGUUGGUAUGCCUCCCGAGAAACCAAAGUGAGUCCGUUUUUGUCAGGUCAAUUGUAGCUUUUUUCAAUUUAAAUAACUUCACCGUUUCAACUUCAAAAGAAAAAAAUAAUUCCGUUUUUUCAUGUAUUAUUACGAGCGUCACGCAAUGCUAUCAUCUCUUUUUUUUUUUUGAACUGUAAAAAGUGGGUCGCAUGUGGAAUGGCUUGGCUAUGAGUUAGUUGCUCAAAGUGCGCCUGACUCAAAACUACUUGACGAAAGUUCUUAUUUUAUGUCCAUCUAGAAAUUUAGUUAGUAUUUUUAGUUAGUAUCUUCCGUUCAGUUUUAUCGUCUCUGAUCAUUAAUUUUUUUUAAAUAUCAGUUCCACGGCAGUUUGAAUGAUUAACUUCUAUUUCCAUUUUAAACGCAAUUUUUUUGAAUUUUUCUUUUCUCAUCAAUUCAUUCAAGAUCCUCAAGCUUUUUUUGAUGACAAAAGGAAAAAAAAAUUAUUAUCAGAUCAGAAAAAUUUUAAAAACAACAAAAAAACCAGAAGCCUCAGUUUGAGAUGACUUUAAAACGCUUUCCUUUGCAGCUACGGGCAAGCGAUGGCAGAAGCUUGCGAAGAACUUCUGAAAGAGUGGCUGGCGGCCGACGAGAACACCGUCGAGAAGAUCAACGCCGACUCGUACGUCAAAAUGCAGCCCCUGCAGCAGAUCGAGUUCCUCUCCCAACUUUGGCAGGUCUCUUCAGAAAAAUAUUUUGAGAUUCAUUCAAAGUCUGAUUUCAGCACGAACCUCCCCUGGAACACUAUAAACUGGACGCUUUGAACUCCCUGUACAAAUUGAACGCCUCGGAGAACAGCGAGAUACUUUUGAAGUAAUUUCGAGAAAUCUUAUCAACUAAUCAAAAAAAUAACUUCAGUUGGAUCCGCCUUUGUGUCAAGUCGAAGUGGGAGCCCAUCAUCCCGAAAGCGCUCGAUUUUGUCAAUUCUCAAGGAAGAUUGAAAUUCUGUCGACCCGUGUACAGGUACACAUUUUUUUCGAGAAGUUCCGAUGCAUCAAAUUUCAGCCUUUUUUUGAGAAAAAAACUGGUUCAAGGAAUAAAAAAAUAGAUAAAAAAAUAGUUGCAUUCUUGAAUUUGAAAGCUUCUGCAUUUUUUUCAAAUUCUAGAGAAUUCUUAUUAGUUUUAAAAAGAAAAAUAUUUUCAAAAAAAUAUUAUUUGAAACAGGAAUACUGUUUAUGCAAAAAAAUCUGCUUGAUUUUGGUCUCGUUUUUUUCAGUUUAAAAAUAUCAUAAAGAUUUAGAAACUCUUCAAAUUCUUACUUCCAGCCUACAAAAUUCACAAAUUUUCAAGCAUUUUUUCACUGAAAACGAUGAAAUUAAAAAUUUAAACUAGCAUUUUUCUCUGAAAAACGAUAAAAAUUUUAGAUUGCCUAGGGGAAACUCAUUUACGAAGCGUAAAAGUUGAUGCAUGAUGUCUCAAAAAAAUUCUCAUUUCAUUCCGCGGUUGUGAAUUUCCAGAAGUUGGGCCAGAAAACUCGUUGAUGUACAGCAUGAUGUUCGCAGUAGUUUUAACCUGAACAAAACAAUAGUUUUCGUGAAAUAAGUGUUCAAAGCAUCCAAAACAGCUCACUUCAACGGUUCUCUCCAACUUAAAGGGGUUCUUUCUCGAAAGAAAAAAAAUGUGCCAAAUAGGUUUCCCAGGUUCUUCAUAUGAUACAUCAGGAGCGUUCUGGCCAAUUUCCAAGACAUUCCCAAACGCAGAGUAAAAUGAUCUUUCUUGUCAAAAGCUUAUUUUGUCAAUAAUUUCGAAUUAUUGCUCAAUAAUGUCUUGCAGAGACCUCUCUCAAUGGCCGGCAGCCAACAAAAAGGCCCGCGAGACCUACCUGAAAGGCCGCGGAUCGAUGCAUCCGAUCACGGCGGAGAUGAUCGCCAAGGACCUCCACAUGAGACAUUCCACUCAUACCGUCUGCUUCUAA